GACUCCCCAGCUUUUCCCCCAGCGCCAGUCCAUCGCACUCUUCUCUCUGCUCUCUAAAAUUUUGAGAGAGAGUUUUUAGUGUUUGUGAGAGAAAGAGAUAUGGGGUUGAAGCUGUACGUCUACCCGUUGUCGCAGCCAUCGCGUGCCAUCUUGAUCUUCUGCAAGACGAACAAGAUCGAUUUCGAGGAGGUGACGGUUGAUCUCUCUAAAGGAGAGCACAGAUCUCCAGCAUACAAAGAAAUCAAUCCGAUGAGGAAGGUCCCAGCAAUUGUUGAUGGGGGAUUUAAACUGUUUGAGAGUCACGCAAUUUUGAGCUAUCUUGCUUGUGCUUAUCCAGGAGUUGCAGAUCACUGGUAUCCUGCUGAUCUUUUCAAGAGAGCCAAAAUUAACGCAAUAUUGGACUGGCAUCACUCCAACCUACGUCAUGGUGCAGAGACCUUUGCUAUAUACAGUACACUGGCACCUUUAUUUGGUCUUCGAUUGAACUCACAAGCAGCAAAAGAAGGUGAGAAACUUCUGAUGUCUUCUCUUUCAAAGAUCGAAUCCCUUUGGCUUAAAGGAGAUGCAAAGUUCUUACUGGGAAACCUUCAGCCAUCCAUCGCUGAUCUCAGCCUUGUUUGUGAAAUUAUGGAAUUGGAGGUUGUUGAUGAUGCACAUCGACAAAGAAUAUUGGGUCCUCAUAAGAAGAUCGUGCAGUGGAUUGAAAAUGUGAAAAACUAUACAAACCCUCAUUUUGAGCAAGUGCAUGAAGCUCUCUAUGAAGUGAAGAAGACGCUACAAAGUAAGUCGAGCUCUACAGCAGGGUUAAAUUCAAAGCUUUGACAUGCUGGAGGGAGUGUUGUUUGUCAUCCAUAAACAUAUCACAAAGCUGUUUGCAGCGUAAUCACUUAGUAACUUCCAAUGCUUGUUGGAAGCCACUAUCCUUGUACAACUCUGUUGCUUUCUUGCCUUGUCUUGGAAAUGUAUGUGACAAGAAAAUAUUUUUGUUGCUUAUCGUUGUGAGACAUAGUUUUGCUUCUGAA